AUGACGUUGAUGGCUGAUAGAGUGAACGUGAAUGACGACGAUGAAGCACGCCGAAAUGAAAUAAGAACUAUGGUUGUGGAAGAGGUAAAGAAAGCAAUUGAGGCUAGUAUACCCCGACUAGCUCAGGAAGUCGAGGGGCAAGUAUUGGAGGUAGUUAAUACCAUGGUAACAUCUAAGGUGGAAGAAUUGAAAGAAAUGAUUAGUGAAUUGCAAGUGAAGAAAAGCAAACGGAGAUGUACGUACAAAGAGUUCAUGGCAUGUAAUCCCUUACCAUACAAAGGGGAUGUUGAUCUGAUAGCUUGCCAAAGGUGGAUUUCAAGCACUGAAGCCGUGUUUACACGAAGUAGAUGUGAAGUGGAAGAUCAAGUAAUGUUUGCCACGGGCCUCCUACAAUUUCGAGCAAAAGAUUGGUGGGAUGCGUACUCGAAGGAAUUGGGGGAUGAUAAAGUACAGUCGUUAACAUGGCAAGAAUUCAAGGAGUCAUUCCUGAAAUAUUAUAGUCCACAAUCCGCAAUUGAUAAGAUUCAGGAAGACUUCUUGCGUCUCAGACAGAAGGAUGAAACGAUUGACGAGAUAACAAACAAGUUCCUUGAAAGGGUGAAGUUCUGUGAGGAGAUAGCGGGACGGAGAGGCAAAGGAUUAGAAAUUGAGAUAAAAAGGCAGGUUGAACGGGGAGAGAAAAGGGUAGCGGAGAAGCCUACCAACGCAAGCCCAUCGAAAAAGGCAAGACAUCAAGAUCAAAGCAAGAAAGGGAAAGCAAGUGGUGAAAUCCCGACCUGCAAGACGUGUGGGAAGCAUCAUUCGGGUGAAUGUUUGUCGGGAAAGAAGGGGUGCUACAAAUGUGGGCGAGAAGGACAUCCGUUUUAUAGGUGCCCUGAAAACUCAAAGGCGUGUUACAAUUGCAAUGAACCGGGGCACAUUAAAGCGGAAUGUCCGAAACUCCAACAAGGGGCAAAGAGAGAUGGAAAGAAGGACGAGCCCCCCAAGGCUCGCGGAAGGAUGUUUCAGUUAACCUCGGAUGAAGCUAAAGCUAGCCCGGACGUGGUUUCAGGUAUAUUUUUGGUGAAUUCCAUGCCUAUGAAUGUUUUAUUUGAUUCCGGGGCUAGUAGGUCGUUCAUUUCUAAUGAAUUGUUAGCUCACCCAUCGUUUAAGCUUGAAAAGAUGAUAGUACCCUUAGAAGUAGAAGUUGCUGAUAGUAAAAGCUAUUUGUUACAUGAUAUUUGUAGAAACUGUAAGAUCUUAAUCGAAGAUGAGGAAUUUAGUAUAGAUCUUGUCCCGAUGUACAUGGGGGAAUUUUAA